AUGGGAUCAAGAGAUUUGAAGGACUACUGUUAUCCUGAUUCAAAUGCCUCGUGUGUGAAAAACUGUUACAAUGUGGCAGCCCGAGUUUUGCUGUAUUUCGUACUCGGACUGGCGAUGGCCGUGACCGUUCUAGGGAACUCUGUGGUCAUCAUCUCCAUAGCUCAUUUCAAGCAACUUCACACACCCACAAACAUGCUGGUUAUGUCUCUAGCACUGGCAGACCUUCUGCUGGGUCUGACUGUUAUGCCAUUCAGCAUAAUCAGAUCUGUAGAUGGAUGCUGGUACUACGGUGAAACCUUCUGUUUACUGCACUCUAGCUGUGACAUGUUCCUCACCUCUGUGUCUAUCUUUCACCUGGUCUGUAUCGCUACAGAUCGAUACCAAGCCGUGUGCCAUCCACUUCAGUACCCGACAAGAAUAACAAUACCCAUUGCAUGGAUAAUGGUAGCUAUGAGUUGGAUUACAGCUGCAGUAUAUUCUUAUAGUCUCCUGUAUUUAAAAGGAAAUGUCCAAAGAUUAGAUGAUGUAAUUGAAUCAUUGUAUUGUUUGGGAAGAUGUGACCUUCUGUUUAAUGCCCUGUGGGGAGCUGUGGACACAUUAAUAUCUUUCCUUUUUCCAUGCUGUGUAAUGAUUUGUUUGUAUGCCCAAAUUUUUUUUGUUUCAAAGAAGCAUGCAAGAAAAAUCGAGCGCACAAAACAGAAAUGCAAAAAUGAGGUGAGCAUAACCAAACUUGUAAAACAUGAGAACAAAGCAGCAAAAACCCUCGGGAUUGUCGUGGGUGCAUUCAAUCUUUGCUGGAUGCCCUUUUUUAUUAACUCUCUGAUUGAUCCUUAUAUUAACUUCUCAACUCCAGCAGUUCUUUUUGAUGUGUUUGUCUGGUUGGGUUAUAUUAAUUCAACUUUAAACCCCAUCAUAUAUGGCCUCUUUUACUCAUGGUUCAGAAAAUCACUGUAUCUCAUAGUUACUUUGAGAAUAUUUAAACCUCAAUCCUCUGAUACUAAUGUUUAUGACAUUUGA